AUUCCAACGCGAACGACUUUCGGACGUGAAUUCUGGACGGAAAGGUCUGCUGCAAUUCGUAUCGCUUUCCUCACGGAACCACCAUCCCAUCCUACCACACCAUGCCCGGAAACGACUACUGGGACCUCGACGCUAUCAUAGCGGACCACCAGAAAUUACCGUGCUUCUUCCACAACGACGUGCCAGGGUAUGGCUUUCUGGAGGGCAACCACGAGACGGACUUAUCAGCAAACGCAAAAGUAGAGCUCCCAUACUGGCUAGCAGAGCAUCUUGCCGUAAAUGACCACGUAGACCUCGAACUCCCCAAAUGCUUCAAUCAACGCGUCCGCGACGACAUCAGCGCAUCCCCAACCUCCGUCAACCUCAACAGGCUGUGUCCCUAUUACUACCGCUUCGGAGUCAACAUCAUCAACUUGAUCGUCGACGCAGCCCUCCCCGAAGUCCUCUCGCAAGCCUUCAAAGCCCGCCUCCCUUGCAUCAUGGACUACACACAGACGUCAAGAUUACGAACCGAUCGGUCGGAGUUUAUUCAUUCGUUGGAUGAGACGGAGCGGGAAUUGUACAAGUUGGGCCAUGAGACGGUGAUGGAGAUGAUGCAGUGGGAUAGGCGGAAAGCGGUGCGGAUUCAGACGGCGGAGAUUUUGAGUAGAAGGGUUGGACGGCAUUGAUUUCGGGGAUUGAACGGCGUAAAUGGGUGGAUUGGAGGGAUUGGGCACGGAUGCAUGAUGCAUAUCUGGAGCGAUCCAGGCGUAUUUUGUAUACAUAGUUAGGAAGGCGGAGUCCGUACCAUGAAAAGAAUGUGUAUCUACACGCACGAGAGCCACAUCAAUGGUAGAAGAUCCGGACGGGAGGAGUGAAGAGAAGGAUUGUGAAUUGGAACUGUGAAGAAAAGAAGCACGGCUUCAACUAGAUCGGUUCCAAACGAGGUU